AUGGCGCAUUCACAUCCACCAUCCGAAAAACUCUUCCGGGGCGCCGCGGGCCCCCAUGAUACUCGCAUCGCUGAGCGAGCCGCCAUGGUACAAUCGCGUGAGACGGGCGAUGUGCUACCGAAUUCCAUGCCCGAGGCGUCGCCUUUUGCCAAGUCCUGGGCUCACUUUGUCGCCGGAGGUGUCGGCGGCAUGACGGCAGCAGCCCUCACAGCCCCCCUCGACGUCCUCAAAACCCGCCUCCAAUCCGACUUCUACCAAUCCCAAAUCCGCGCCUCCCGCGUCGCCCACACGCAAAUCAGCUCCCUCAACUUCUUCCGCUCCGCAUCCCUCCACCUCCGCGAAACGAUCCAGAUCCUCGCCUCGGUCUACCGCAUCGAGGGCCCCCGCGCGCUCUUCAAAGGUCUCGGCCCUAACCUCGUCGGCGUCGUGCCAGCCCGCAGCAUCAGCUUCUACACGUACGGCAACGGCAAGCGGUUAAUAGCCCAAUACGCCAACGGCGGCGAGGAGGCUGCGUGGGUGCACCUAUCUGCGGGUGUUUUGGCGGGUAUCGUUACAUCUACGGCGACGAACCCCAUCUGGAUGAUCAAGACGAGGUUGCAGCUUGAUAAGAACGUGGCGGAGCAGAGCGGUGGUGUGACGAAGAGGCAGUAUCGGAAUAGCUGGGAUUGUACGAGGCAGAUUUUGAGGAAUGAAGGGUUUAGGAGCAUGUAUAAGGGGAUGAGUGCUAGUUAUUUGGGCGUUGCGGAGUCGACUAUGCAGUGGGUCAUGUACGAGCAGAUGAAGAGCUAUCUGGCGAGGAGGAAUGCCUUGAUUGAGUUGAGCGGGAGGGAGAAGACGGCGUGGGAUAAGGCGGUGGAUUGGACUGGGAAGGUGUUUGCGGCUGGUGGGGCCAAGUUGAUUGCUGCUGUUGCGGCGUAUCCUCAUGAGGUCGCCCGAACACGACUACGACAAGCCCCGAUGGCCAACGGCCAACCGAAAUACACAGGCCUGAUCCAGUGCUUCCGCCGCGUCUGGAUAGAAGAAGGCCUCGCCGGUCUCUACGGCGGAAUGACUCCGCACUUGAUGCGGACGGUGCCUAGCGCUGCUAUCAUGUUCGGCAUGUAUGAAGGCAUCCUCCGCAUCUGCGGCACUACAGCUUAA